CCAUCACAGUGUAGAUCCUCGGGAGAUGUGAGAGGUGUGAGGCAGAAUACAGCAGUGGGUUGAGAGGGGUUAACAUCGUCUGAACAUAACAUUACCCAUGAUGUAAUAACCGCUGCACCUCAGGACAGAAUGCAUCCUAAACAUCAGUUGAGGGUGUUGGUGUACCAUGUCAAGUGUGCUUAACCGGUCGACCUCCAUGCUGAAUGGUGGAGAAAUGUUCUUUGGGGGGGCAUCUGGUGUAGGUGGAAGUGGAGAUGGAGGAGGGGGGGAAAGAGGUGGUAUGGCUUUGCGGGAUUCAUUAGUAGGAGUGAUAGGAGCACGGCACUUGAGAGAAUCACCAACCUCCUCACCCCUGCAGAUAUUUGUGAGAGCCAAAAAGAAGAUCAAUGAUAUAUAUCAGGAGAUUGAGGAGUAUGUUGCAGAAGCCACCCUUUUCCUUGAAGGAGUGCACAAUGACAAGGGCCUUAUCGGAGAGAAAGAUCUUAAUGACUUCAAGUCCUACAGUACUAAAGUGGCAGGUAUUAAAGAAGUUCUGGCAAGAGACCACAUGAAGGUGGCAUUUUUUGGCCGUACAUCUAAUGGAAAGAGCACCGUUAUUAAUGCCAUGAUGGGUGAGAAGAUACUGCCCUCAGGCAUUGGCCACACAACUAACUGCUUCUUACAGGUUGAAGGUAUAGACACCAAUGAGCCUUACCUUACCACUGAAGGAUCCUCUGAGAAGCAGAAUAUAAAAGGCAUUGGACAGUUGGCUCAUGCACUAUGUAACAAUAGGCUUGGUGACUCUACCCUUGUACGUAUACACUGGCCUAAAACUCGAUGCCCACUCCUAAUGGAUGAUGUUGUCCUUGUUGAUUCUCCUGGCAUAGAUGUAUCAGAAAGCUUGGAUGACUGGAUCGACAAACACUGCCUGGAUGCUGAUGUCUUCGUGUUAGUUGCAAAUUCAGAGUCCACGCUAAUGAACACAGAGAAGAACUUCUUUCACAAAGUGUCAGCAAGACUUUCUAAGCCAAACAUAUUCAUCCUUCAAAAUAGAUGGGACAUGGCUGCCUCAGAACCUGAUUUUUUGAACGAGCCAAACACCGGGCAAAGUGAGGUGCGUAAGCAACAUUUAGAGCGUACGAUAGCCUUCCUGGUUGAUGAACUGAAAGUUGUCAAAGGUCCCCAAGCUGAGAAGCGUGUAUUUUUUGUUUCUGCCAAGGAAGCACUCCAGCAGCGCCUCAGUGAAGCUAAGGGGCAUCCCAACAACACUGCUGGAUAUCCAGAAGGAUUUACAAGUCGCUAUUUUGAGUUUCAAGACUUCGAGCGCAAAUUUGAAGAGUGCAUUUCCCAAACUGCCGUCAUCACUAAAUUUGAACAACACACACAACGUGGGAAAAAUAUUGCAAAUGAAAUUGGACAGUAUGUUGGAAAAUUGAUGGAACUAGCAUGGCAAGAAAGAGAACAAAAGAUGCAAGAACGACAAACACUUUGGGCACGGCUUGAUCACACAGAAAAGGAACUCCACGAUGUCACCACACAAAUGAAAGAAAAGAUAUGCUCCAUUGUUGAAGAUGUUGAACGAAGAGUGUCUAAUGCUCUUAAUGAAGAAAUUCGUCGACUGUCGGUACUAGUGGACGAGUUCAAUGAACCAUUCCAUCCAGAUCCCCUAGUGUUGAAUGUAUUUAAGAAGACACUUCAUGCCCAUGUAGAGUCAGGGUUGGGGUCCAACCUGCGUGCAAGACUAUCUUCAGCUUUGGCUCUCAACAUAGAAAGCAGUCAAGCAGAAAUGACAAAACGAAUGUUGGCAUUGCUUGGGAAUGAGAAGCGUGAAUUGGCCAGCACGAUGUUACCCAGACGGGAACCCUUUGAAAUUUUAUACCGCCUCAAUUGUGAAAAUCUCUGUGCUGACUUUCAGGAGGAUAUAGAGUUCAAGUUUUCUCUAGGGUUGGUAUCCCUCGUUCAGCGUCUCAUGGGAAAAGCUAGCAGCCGCAUUGUAAAUCAAAGACACAAGGAAAAUAUUCCCCGGAGUGUGCCUAUGACUCCAUUGACACCAAGCAAUGAACCACAGUUUGGCUUACCCCAGGAUGACUGGUCCAUAAUCAGUCGUUUUGCUGUUGCCAGCAUAGGCUCUCAGGGUACUAUGGGUCUUGCCCUUGCAUUAGGCCUGAUGUUCAAAACAGUUGGUUGGCGCUUGAUUGUGCUGACUGGUGGAGUGUAUGGUUGCCUUUAUGCUUAUGAGCGUCUCACGUGGACCAACAAAGCAAAAGAGCGUGUGUUUAAGAAGCAGUAUGUUGAUCAUGCUACACGCAAGCUGAGACUAAUUGUAGAUCUAACUUCUCACAACUGCUCACAUCAGGUUCAACAGGAACUGAGUGGUACGUUUGCUCGCCUUUGUCGGUUGGUUGAUGACAGCACCAGUGAGAUGCAGAGAGAUGUCCGCUCCUUGGAACGAGAGGUGCAACAGCUGGAAGAUACUACAGCAACAGCAAAAAAGUUGCGCAACAAAGCUCACUAUCUGGUUAAUGAAUUGGAUAUCUUUCAGCAGACGUAUUUAUCUUCAGAUGAGUAAUAAUUAAAAAAUGUGCAAUUGGGAAAAGAAUAAUUUUUUAGAUAAUAAAAUGAUGUAUAUAUAUAUAUAUAUAUAUUAUAUAUAUAUAUAUAUAUAUAUAUAUAUAUAUAUAUAUAUAUAUAGAUAUAGAUAUAUAUAUAUAUAUAUAUACUGUACAGUAAAUGCAUUGAUUAUCCAAAUUUCAGAGAGUGUAAUUCCCAUUUAAACAGAAUAUUUUCCGAAUUGGAUAUGGCUGCUUGUUCAUCCAAACACCAGUAUUGAUAAUGGAAAUUCUGUAUAUGAAAAAAUUGUCAAAUAAAUUGAUGUUUAUCUAAUCAUAUUUCAGUACUUAAUUGUUAGAAUUGCCUUAUUCACUUGCUUCCCAAAAAUUAUGGUGUAGGUCUUCCCUGGAGGUAAAUUUGUUUUCUCUGGAAUACUGCAUGUGGAUCUACCUUAUAUAACUAACAUUCAAGUGGUAUGGCCUUCCAUAAAUAUGUGGGUUUCUGCAGUUCUUGCCAGAAAGUUUGUAAAGCCCUAUCCAUUCACAUUGAGCCUCAUCAUAUCUUGCCACAUUUGCUGAAUCAAGCCAAUAAAUAUUUUUAUGAAGACUGUUUAACUUCAGCACUUCUUAAAGAAGGAAAACAUAGAUGAUCCAACUUGUGACACUAAUAUUAGCACUCUUGUUCUUUACUGGAGGUAGGCAAGUAAGCAGGCAGGCAUCCAAGCAAGAAGUCCAAAAAAAAAAAAAAAAAAAAAAAAAAAAGGCAGACCUGAAGUGUUUUACUCAUGUAUCCUAGUAAUGAGGGUCCUUUUAAACAUUUAAUUAGCACUCCUUUAUUUUUUAGUAUUAUUGAAAAGUGUGUUAUAAUUGAACUAUUAUUUGAAUCUGAGCAAGAGCUUAAUCUCUUGUUGAAGAGAGCAAGCCUGCUGUUUAAUGUAUUUUCCCCAUAAAAGCUGUUAGGAUACCAAUGCUUCCUCAUUAUUGCUGACUUCUGGCUUGUAAUAGCUGCAACUAUUUGGCACCAAAAUUAAUCUACUUCAUAAAAUACAGAAAAAUAAUCCAUUAUUGUGUAGAGACAGAAGUGACAUUUGUAAGCAUUACUUUGAAAGUACAUUUUACAUUUCGAAUUAUUAAAAUGACAUAAAAUUUCUGAUAUGCAUAAUAUAUAUAUCAAGUGUUGCUGUAUGCUACAAUGUAUUUCUAAAAUAUUUGCUUUCCUAAAAAAAUUUGUGUAAUCUUGAUAUCGAAUAUGUGCAAAUAUAUAGUC